AUGAUUUUUGCAAAUGACGAGAUUCAUAAUAAUACUAUUCGUGAAUGUCAGCAACAACUUCAUCAAUUAAUACAACUUCCAACCAAAGAACAUAUCAUUUCAUCUAGCUCAACCAGCUUCUCUUCUAAUAACAUGUUUGCAGAUAUUAUAUUCGACACUCAAAGAUCAAGUUCUCUGGAUGAAUUAGAUUAUUACCUUGAUUUUAGACGGAUACCCGUGGCUCUUC